CAAUCAUACACAACGCAGAACAUAUAGUGAGAUGAAAAGAAAAGUAGCCUUUUUACAUGAAAACCGUAGUACCAUCUCAUCUUUAUGAUAUUGUUCUAUCAGCUAUCCAACCAUAAUCCAAUAUUGUUUUAUAUGAGUUUCCAUCUCUUGAGAUGGUGUAAUGUGCAGCCUGAACGACAAUCUGCAACUUAAGAUUUUCCCCUUCUGAGAUCUCUCAGCAACUCAAUUUCUGCAUACUGCAUCAAAAACUGCUGGACAGAGCAUGGAAGCUGAAACAACAGUCUCGGGAAUUGGACAUCAAAAAGAAAACAGAAAGGUUUUGAUUUGUGAAGAGUCGGCUGUUGACAAGUUCCAUGAAACACUCCUAGAGUUGACAUCAUCAAUAACAAAACAAAAUCCAGACGAAAAAAUUCAGAGUCCUCAACCUGAUGUAAAUGAUUCUUUUGACUUGGUUAAUGUUGCUAAAGAUACCGAAAGAAACUCUAGCUUGGAAAAUGUAAAAGUUGAGACUAGUGAAAAAUUCAUGGAAGCACAAGCUGUAAUGAGUACAGAAGUACAAACUGAGGUUGAGAAAAAAAAAAUUGAAGGUGAAGAAUUUUGUGGAACACCUUCUGAAGCAAAGGUGGUUUCUGUCAUCAGUUCUGAUGAAUAUGGUCCAGCAGAAACUCUGGAUCUAAACUUGGAAGAAAAUAAUGAACAUGAAACGUAUGCAUCCACAUUAGCUACCAGGCGGACCCCAAGGAUGCAGAUCCAAAUACAGAAGGAUCGAAAAGAAUGUGCAGCAGAGACUUCUGAAAUCUUAGCAGAUGAAUUUCCACAAAAGGCACAGGCGCAGCACGGAAAUGUCAGCAGCAUACUCAUCAAAGAGAAGUCAGCAGUGACAGGCUUGUUUGUGACAGCAGAAGGUGACAACCUUAUGAAAUGCUCCAAGCCAACAUAUAGCAAGCAAAGUGAGAGUGAGAUCAGAAGGAAUGAAGACCAGAAAGAAGCAGAACAGGAAAAUAUCAGCUCAAUACCCUUCCAACAGAAUUCCACAAUUCCAACAAAUUUACCACAUAGCUUGAUAAAAGGUGAAGAAUCUAAUUUUUUUGAAUUAGUAGAAGCAAUCCAUGAAAUUAGACAGAAAAGUUCAGAAGAUGAGAAACCUGAGGAUGUGGGUUUGUCUCCUCCAGGGAACAUAAUAGGGGCUAUACCAGUUGAAGAACAACAUUUUUGCAAAGAAAUUAGCUCCAUAUAUGAGAAUCCUACACCAGAAAAUGAUGAUAACAGAGAGAACAUGGAUAGUGGGGAUUCAACCUUCUCAAAGAACCUGAUGUUGGUGACACAAGAAAAGUGUGAACUAGAUGAGGCCAACAAAGAAUCUAUCCAGAUGCUUAACAGACAUCCCCAUGAAGACAUCAGAAGUGUAGCAGAUGAAUGGAUAUGGAAUGCUACAAAGGAGCUUGAAGAAGCACAAAUUGUUGAAACAAUAGAAGAUGGAUUAAAUGAAAAGAAAUUGAUAGGGACAGAAUAUAAGAAAAUUUGUGAAUCUCUGUCUGAAGAGGGGAAUGCUGAACCUAUUAAUCAAGGCAAUACCAUUACUAAAGAAAUUCAAUUGACCAAAGAGACAAUGAAUGAGAAGCUGAAGACUCCAUUCUAUGCAGAGAAAAAAGAAGAGAGGAGCUCACUGAAUGCCAAAGAAGGUGAGUACUCUGAAGAAUCCCACUAUUUGUCAUCUGAAUCUUCAGGCUGCAAAGACAUAAACAGCCUUGAAAAUGUGACAGAUGGAAAAAGCCGUUUCCCCUCUGAUAAAGGAGUGAACGAAAAAAAAAUUAAAAGUGAGGAAUUACGUGAAGCUCACUUACCUUCCAUGAUAAGUUCAACAAAGGAGCUCCCAAUAAAGGAAGGCCAAAUUCAGGAGACUGGCGCAGAAAUAUGUGAUAGUGCAGAAAAACAAUUGAAAGAGGUACUUCAAAAGUUAGAUAAGGAAACUGAUGAUUUGUACCUACAACAGCCAUCAGCUGAUGUAGACCUACAAAAGACAAGCAUACGAGGUGGAGGCAAGGAGAAAGCCUCAGAAACUGAGUACGUAGAGGAGGAUAUCGAAAUGGAUGGUGUAGACAAAAGACUCAAUGAGGAAGUGGCACAAUUCAUCAAAGAGGAAAUGACCAGUGAAACCAUUGACUCUUUAUCAACAGAAGGGAGCAACAUGAAAAUAAUUGGAGUAAUAGGGAAAGGAAACAUAGAUGCAUCAAAGUUUUCACAUGAAGAAUUGAUGUCUCAAAAUCAAGAUAUUACAAAGAGUAUGAACAGGGUUCACAAUGAUGACCUGGAAGAAGUUACAGAGAUUCUCAUCCCAGACAUAGAAAAAGAAAGAGAAAACAAUGAUUUAUGUGUUAAAUGUGCUUCAGACACAAUAAGAGACAAUCCAGAGCAAAAACAGACAAUUUUUGUCGAAGAAACUGAGAAGACCAUCUGCUCAGAACUGAAGGAUUACAAACAUGGAGCAGAUGACAUGAAUGAGAAAAAGGUCCUCACUGAUGAUGGUACCUCACAACAGGCUAUUUGUGAACAAAAAAUGCAGAAAGAUGGAACAGCUUGCAAAUUUGUUCCAGCUCAAUCAGUGCCUCAAGCCACAGCAGAAAGCUCUGACGAAGGUAUCUUACCUACUAAAGAGGAAGCAGUUGAAAAUAUAACAGCUGACAAUGAAAAAGAUGGCGAACUACUAAAAGGAGUCAAAGAUUUGAAUGCUGAACAAGCUCUUGAAUUGAUAAGCUUGUCUCAUGAAAAACUGCAAAAAAAUAUCCAGUUUUCAGAAACAGAAGCAUUAAGCAGCAACAUGAAUGUGGAUGAUGAUGUCAAUGAGGAAAUCAGCAUCACUUCCUCAACCAGUGACGCUUCAACUGGAGAGAUGGUAGACAAAGAAAAAAUGGAAGAAGUUGAUGAACAUUUUGUUCUAGUUUCUAGUGAGAAGGCUCUGGAAAAGAUUCCCAACCCAACCAGUGCAGGCAUGAAAGAAGAGGUUGUAGAGGAAAAUGAAGGACAAGGGGAUAACCAAGAAGUAUUGUAUGCAACUCCAUCAAAAGAAGGGACAACAUCACAGCAAGAAGUAAAAAACAAAAAGCUUGAUGAUGGCCCUUCACAAGAAGCAACUGAGAAGCAGAAUCAAACUAUAACAGAUGUUGGGUACAUACAUAAGGAGACAUUCCUGCAAAAUGAAGAUGAAAAUGUCACUGUUUUCCAGUCUUCGAUAGAAAGUUUUUAUGAAGUUGAAAGGAUUGAUGGUAGCCCCAACUCCCCGGCCCCUAUUUGCACCAACUUGCAUGAAGCAAGUUCUGAGGUGCAUGAAGAAAUCUCCAACUUCGUGUCUGAGAAAAAUUAUCUAGAAAUAGUCAAUGAAAGAACUGCCAAUAACCUGGACACUGAAACAGUACAAGAGACAAUAGAAGGUUGUGCUGAGCAGAAAGAAACAACAUUUGCUGAAGAACAUGUUGAAACAACCAAUUCAGCACUAAGAGAAUAUGACCCUGAACAAGAUGCUUCAGGACAAGCUAUUGAUGAAGUGAGCUUGAAGAAAGAUGGAACCAAUUCCCAAGAAGUUCCAUAUGAACUAGAGUUUCAGGAUGCCAAUGAAAGCUCACUUGUCAGCUUACCAGCUCAAGAGGAAAUGGAUGGAAAUUUGAUACAACAUGAUGAAAAAAAUGAUGAAUUAGUAGAAAGAUCCCAGAAUUUGGAUGCUGAACUGGCUCUUGAAAGGACAAGCUUACCUGAUACAUGUCUGGAAAAGAAUCAUCAACCUUUGGAGACAGAACCAUUGAGCCAGUACGUAACUUCUGAUCAUAAGGAAGAUGAUGAAAGCACCAUCACUUCAUCAAACCUUCAGGAUUCAAUAGGAAAGAAGGUAGACAAGGUAAAACAGGAAGAAUUUGAUGAAACAGUUAUUCUAGUUUCUGAAGAGAAGGCUCCAGAAACAGCCAGUGGAAGCAUGAAAGAUGCAGUCAUAGAGUCAAACAAGGAGCAAGACAGUAACCAAUAUGCAUCAUACAUAACUCCAUCAACAAAAGAAGCAUCAUCACAACAAGGCAAAAUAGAAAUCAAGAUUCAUAAUGUCCCUAAAGCUGCAACUGAGGAACAGACUCAAGCUACAACAGACAAAGGAUACAACUGCAAGGAGAAAUCCCUGCAAAAUGAAGAUGAAAACAUCACUGCUCAUCAGGACUCCUUAACAGAAAAAUCACUAAAAGGGCCAAAUAGUGAUGGUUACCCUGUCUCCCUUGCCUCAGUGGACAACAACUUGCAAAAAGAUGAAACAAGCUGCCAGAUGCAUGAAAGAAGGUCUAACUUCAUGUCUGACAAAAGGGAACUUGAAAAUGCUGAUCAUGAUGAAGCUGCUGCAGAUGAGGUCGCAGGAGAAGAGGGUGAAACUGAUCAUAAAAAUCAUGAAGAGCACAUAAAACAGGCUGAUGAAAUGAGCACCCCAGAAGUAGAAAGUGAAUAUAAGAUGACAAAGGAAGAAACACUCGAUGUGGUUCCAGAGGAGCAAGACACUGAAGCUGGUUAUCUGAAGUAUGGUAGAAUACAUGAAAGCCUGGAACAAAAACAUAUUCCAGAUGAGAGUAGUCAUAGAGACUACCUUGAAACUGUCAUCAAGAACAAUGAAAGUGCUACAAAUGAAAGUAAGCAUAGUGACAACCUGAAUAAAGAAGAGAUUAUCAAUGAGGUCCUUCUUGAUAAAUCAAUUCCAGAAUUUCAGAGUCAGGAAGAUUUGAACAUUGUCAAAGAAAUUGUAAAGGGUGCCAUAGAGUUGGGGCCUGAAGGACAGGAUCAUAAAAGUUGCAAUGAGAACUGGACUAUUGCUUCUGAAAAUGAUACUGUAAAGUGCAAGAAUCUGAAUGAACUAGAUAUCCUAGAUGAGACUGUACAUUUUGAACCUGUUGUACAUGUGAAAAGUGAACAGAACUUGAAGGUUGUGGACGAUGGCAGUGGACAAGGUUUGGUUUCCUCUGAACCGCUGCCAAUAGAAAAGAAGUUUCCAAAUGGGAUAGAAGCCUGUGAAAUUAGCUCAAUAAGUGAUACUAUUCAGUGUGAAAGUCCAAAGAAAUCAGACAACAAGGACGUCACUUGUCAUGGUCAACCUGUUUUUCAGGCACAAACUGAGGAAGACAUGCAUCUUAUCGGUGAACACAAUGGAAAACCUAAGGAUGACUCUGAGACAGUGUCUAAAGAAGAGACAUCUGAAAGUUGUGCAAAGAUGACAGACAUCAAAACUUCAAACAUUCAAAGAAGCAUGGAUACACAGAGAGGAAAAGAUACUCUGGAAGAUGAAGUGCCAUCAGAAACUGACUCUUCAGCCUUGUGUGCUGCACAACUAGCAGAUCAACAGCAACGAGAAGAUUCUGAAAAUGUGCAUAAAUCAAACUUUGAUGAGCAACAAGUCGACUACAUUAUUACUGGCACUUGUGCAGAAGAACUUGCAGUUUUGGUUAAAAGGACAGAAGCAUACAGCAGUUGUCAUGAAGACAAAAGAGUUGAUGAGGAACUCGAUGGAAGGAAUAAAACAGUGUAUACAGGGAACAACUGUGAGACAAACUAUACACAAGUACCCACUCACCAGGAGACAUUACAGAUUGCAACUCAAUAUUAUGUUGAAGAAGCUGAAAGACCAGAUACAGUUCCCGAACCAGCAAGCUUAGAUCAGAGUUCAUGUGUAAUGUGCAAUGCUCACAAUGAGACAACUGAAAUUGUCAAUGAAACUUCACUUGAUGCUAUGGAAACAAUAGAAAGCAACACAAGAAAUGAAGGAGUGGAAGGUCUCAAACAAGAGGAGACUCUUAAAUUAGACAUUGAACAAUGGAAUCAUGAAAUAGGAAGCACGUGCGAAGGAAGCAUGAAACAGAAAUUUACUGCAUCUCCUAUCAGUAAGGAAAGACUAGAAUCGCCUGUAAAAGCCAGCAGCAUAGACGGUGAUAACACAGAGGAAGCCAGAUUCUUGAAUGACAGAAGCACUUAUUUUGCACAAAUUUCUCAAGAUUCAAAAGAUGAAGCGGUUGUAGGUGACCGUGUGAAUGUUGAUAAAUCUUCCAUAUAUCUAGAUAGGGAAUCCCCGAAAAUUACCCCAAGUACGAAUGAGGAAAAACUUUAUGAUUCUACAGGACAAGAAAAAGAAGUGAACGGGAACAUCUCGGACACAUCUGUUAUGGGGGGUCAAACACUAUCAUGUGUUGAUAUAGCAGAAGCCUGUGAACUUCAGGGUGCUAAUGAGUCAGUUUCUGAAGAUAAGCAACAGGUGACAAACACCAAGGCCACCGAAAUCCAUACUUCACCUGAUGAAAGAAUGGAAGAGCAAAAUUUUGAGUCCUCGACCAUUACACUGGAACCAGUUGAAGGACACUUGCAAACAGCAAAUGAAGAGAAGGUUGAGGAAGACAGAACUACAAUCUCUGAAGAGCAUGCUCAAGAACAUACAAGCAAAAAAGAGAACAUAGAAGAUGACACUUACCAGUAUGAACAAGGAACAGGUUUAUCAUUUGUUCCAGCGACAGGAGAGUGUGAAGCUAAUUCGUCCAUAAAAGAGGAGGACAUGGUAGCUAUAGUUGAAAAAAGGAAAAGUGAAUUGUCAGAAGAUGAGGAAAAUGCCAACAAGAACCUUGAACAACUAUCUAUAGAGAAAGAGUCAAUUGCUCACAUACUACAGAACAAAAUCAGUGAGAAACUUAUCAAGAUGGAAAGCACAGGUUCAAGUAUACAAUUCUCACAAGAAACUAUGGAGAAGCUAGAAGGCAAGAAUCCAGAACAAAUGUCUUCAAUUCAAGAUAUCCCACUUGUGGAAUCCAAGGAAGAAGACAAUUCUCUUCUAAAAAUGAUGCAGACUGAAGCUUGCACAGACCAUGUAAAAAUUGAAGGUACAGACAGUCAUAUCCAUUGUCCUACUAUGGAGAAACUGGUAGAACACUCCAAUUUGGAGAUUGUGAAGAUUCCAGAAGACACCAAUUCAGUUGUUCAAGAUAUUCCACAAGUGGAAGUUGACAAGCAAGAAGAUUCAACUAAAAAAAUAUUACAAACAAAGGAUAGCAAACAUCAUUCAAAGGAUAUUGAGGAUAUUCCAUCCAGUACACAUGAUUCAAUUGGAGAGGUAUUACAAGAGGAUAUGAAGCUAGAAGACUGCUCGAUCAAGGAGCAUGAAAAGGAGACUCCAAAAGAGGCAACUAUUUUUGAGGACAAGUCAAAAGUUGAGGUAGAAAAGAAACAGGACUCAAUUGUAGGACUGGCACAUAGAGAAAGUACUGAUACACAAGAUGAGAAGGUAAGCACAAAUAGAAUCCAAGAUUCAAAUGAAGAGACAUCACGGGGACAUGUGGGCAAACUAGUAGAAGCCUGUGGACUGAAGCUUCAAGAAGGAACUUUAGAGCAGGCUGCUUCACUUAUAGACAUUCUUCAAGUGGAAGCCAGGAUGCAAGACGAUUCAUUUGAAGUACAGGAAGAAAGGACCAAGGUUUUUAUCAAGGAUGGCAUGGAUAUCUUGUCCACCAACCAUGAAGCGCUUAGAGUUAUCUCACAGGAGCAUGUGAAUAGCCCAACAGAUUCUUCUCCUAUAGAACAUCAAAUGGAGAUUCCAACAGAAGCAGUUCACAAUAUUCAACCACUGGGAGACAAUUGGCACGAGUAUGCAAGUCAAAGCAGGAAAAGCAGCAAUGAUCUUGAGGUGAUCCAAGAUUUGAUUCAAGAGAGCGUGCAAAAAGAAAUGGAAAAUAAGGACCACCCACAUUCAGAGAUACAAAAGGUGACUCUAAAGGAGCCAACCGCAGCUGAAGACACACGAUGUCUGGAAGGUGAAAAGCGAGAACAUGCAGUUGUUAAAGCACUAAAAGAAGAAAGAACUCAAAAUCUUGUGAAGAAGGAGACUGCAGAUCUUUGCAGUUUUUCUGCCACUAUGGGUUCAACUGAAGAUAUCAUACAGGAUUGCAAGGACAACCCAAGUAAGCCUUCCAAUUUGAAACUUCAAGAAGAAACUCCAGAAAAGAAGCCUUCGGUUGAAGAAACUAGUCAAUUGGAAAUUGAAAAUGAAAAGGAUUUAACUAAAGAAACAAUAGAAAUGGUUAGCGAAAUCUUACAAGAACACCCAGAUCUGUUGCAAGAGGCUCCCAACAAGGAGCUUAGGUUGCCUCCAAUUCAAGACAGCCUACAAAUGGAAGAACAAGAGGAAGAGUGCUCAGCACUUAACAUGAAGGUUCACAGUGAUCUAGAACAUGAUAAUCAAAAACGUGAUGAGCUCCAGCCAUGCUUCAAGAUAACAAUUGAAGAGGGAAACAUACAUGGUGAGAAAACUGAAAUGGAUCAUGAGAAGCACGUAAAAUCACUAGAACUAGAAUCUGAAGAAGAAACUUCUAAAAUAAUAGAGAUUUCCAGAAACACAGAUAUAGAGGACCAACCAGGAGGAGAAAGCAAUCUGUCGUCAAUGCAGGCGUCUACAGAUGCAAGCAUAAAAACAGAAGAAAGUGAAAGAGAAACUCAAGGAGAAGUACUCGAGGCAGAUCCAUUGGGACCGAGUCAUUUAACAAACAAGAACAAUGAAAAUCAUGACAUGGAAAUCCUGAGAGAGAGAUUCACUCCAGAGAAUGUUCAAGAGGCACAGAAUGAGAAUGGUGAAAAAGAAGAGUUAAAAGGACCAGCAGCAGACCAGGUUGAACUUGGAAGUUUAUCCUCUGACAAAAUAGAAGAUGAGAAAAAAAAUAGUUUCUCAUUCUUGGUAUCUGAACAACUAAAAGAUGAAAUCCUUGAAGCAAGUGAAACCAAAGAGAUCAAGACAACGGGUACUAAUCACAGGUCAGGUGAAGUGGCAGAACAGGAUUCAUCUGUAGUUCUCUUGGAAGAAGAGAAGAAAAUUGAGGAACCUCUUUCACCAACUCAUGACAAGAUCUCUACAACUGUUCGUUCACCAGAUGUGUCUGUCAACCAGGCAAAAUUUGAAACAGCAUCUCUUGACAAAACAGAAGAUGAGAAGCUUGACAAGACUAUCUUAGUCCACGACGAACAAAACAGUGAGAUCCUUGAAUCCAGCAGUAGCAGAACAAAUAAGACAGUAAAUGGCAUAGAUGAAGACAUUCUAGUACAAGAUUCAGGAGUGGAAAUCUCCUCAGAAGACAAGAAAAUUGAAGCAACAUAUCAAACAGAGCAUGGAGAUCCAAAUCAGGAAACCUUGAAAGUGAAUAGAGAGAGUCAUGAUAGCUUUAAGGAUGAGGCAAAUUCAGAACCAUCGCAACAAGAAACAACAGUGUCAUUAAGGGCCUCAGGAUUCAAGUUGGAAGAUCAGCUGCUUCUUGUACCCAUAUUAGUGCAGGACGAGAAGGUUCAGGAAUCAAGAUCCCUAGAACUAGAUAAAGAAGAUGGAACUUCUGACACAACCAAAAGUUCCAGAAUCACACAGAAGAAAGCUCAAAAAGAAGCAGAAAAUAAUAUGUUCACAACUCAACCUUCUUUGGAUGCAGGCUUAAAAGUAGACAAAAGUACAACUCAAGUACAACAAAAGGUACUCAAUGCAGACUCAAUGGAGCAAGGUUUUCCAACAAUUGGUGAUAGUGAAACCCCUAAUGAAAAUGCCCUCAUAGAAGAACUCACCUCCAAGAGCAUGGAAGAGAGAAGCACUCAGCAUGAUACAAGUAAAAGAGAAGAGUCUGAAGGGAUUGCACUAGAGCAGGUUCAAUUUGAAAUAAGUCUAUCCCAUGAGAAAAUAGACACUAUGUCAAUCUUGGUGUCUGAAAAACCAAAAGGUGAAUCACCUGAAGCAAGUUUUCAAGAUCCUGUGCCAAACCAGGUUGAGCUUGAAGAAAGCCAGACAGUAAAAGAAUUACAACCACAAGCUGGAGAAAUGAUAGAAGCUGAACUUGAGAAACAGAAUGAACAGAUAGAAGAUGAGAGAGCUGAAGGCAAUUUGAAACCAAGUCUUGAUCCAGAGACAGCCUUCAAGGAGGCUGAACUUGAGCAGCUUGAUUCUGAGAUAAAUAAAGUGGAACUGCAACUACAAGGGGAACAGCAAGCUGAAUCUGUAAUGGAUGCUGGAGACCAUAUUGCUCAGAUUGGACAAGUAGCAUACAGUGAUGGAAUAAAGAGAGAGACAGGAACAAAAGCUAGUGAAGAGGAGACAACUGUGGAAGUCAUGUCAAAAGAGGAUAGCAAGAAACAUGAGCAUGCACCAAACCCAGUGUCCAAUGAGCAGAUUCACAUCCUUACAGAUGCAAAGGAACACAAAAUCUCAAAGGACGACCAAAUGGCAGCUUUGAUAUCUAUGACACAUGAAGAAGAAGAGAAAGUACAAGAUUCAGGAAAUAAACUUCAAAAGAACUCUGAAGGUGCAGAUUUAACAGAAGAGGAAAUCCAGAAUGCUUCAGGUACAAGAAAGAGCAUAGAUCUUGGUUGUCAGAAUGAGGAGAAUCCAAGCUAUACAAAAGUCAUGCCACUGAUACAAGCUUCAAUCAAAGAAAUGUUGCCCAUAGAACUUGAAGAAAGCCCAGCAGGCAUCUCUAAUCUAGUUUCUGAAGAAGAAAUCAAUGAAUUGAUUGGUGCAAAAGAUGACACCGACAUCAAGUCUGACAUCACAAAGGACAAUGAAUGUACUGAUUUUCAAGUAGAGGAGGAUGAAAUAGACAUUCAAGUCGUGAAAGAAGAUAUAAUAGAAAUCCAGAGGCCCAUGACAGUGCCAGAGGUGGCUAUAGACAAGCAAAGUUUAGAUGGGAUUGGUCCUUCAUUUACUAAGGAAACUAUGAAAGUGAAAGAUGGAGAAAUUAAUGUGGAAAAGGACCUUAACAUUGAUAAGCUGACUGACAGUUCAUCUGAAGAACAAACUACAGGCUCUAGCUUGGGAAUUGAAGAACAGGAUCAGGAAAGAAGCAAGGUAAACAAUCAUGUUGAACUUAUGACCAUGAAAGAUGAUGAAAAUGAUAAUUUACCAUUUCCAUCAGAAACCACUAUCGAGUCAGGUAUCAGCACAGAAAAAAACAAGGAGGCAGUUCAAGAAGUUUCUCUUCCAGUAAAUGAAGAGCAUACUAGAGAAAGGGUUGAAGUAAGCAAGAAAAUAGAAAUUCAAGAUUUUCAAAAUGAUGAAGCCUUGCAUAAGUCUGCCACACAACUUGCAACUAAAGAAGUCUUGCUGGUUGAAACUGAAAAGGUGCUGGAGAUUUCCAAUUUGGUGACGGAAUUGCAGCAGAAUGAAAAUGAUAAAACCAAUUUGGAGUACGACAAUCCAAUGGGUGGUGAAUCCAAGAACCUGUCAUCAAAAAUGCAGGUAAUGUCACAAAGAAGUAGUCAAGAUGAAGAAGCAAACGAUGUUAAAACUCUGGAUGCUAACUUACCAGCUGAAAUACUCCAAUCAAGUUAUGGAGAAUCUCUGGAUUCAACAAUUUCUAAAGAAGAAAAAAGAUCAGAUGAGAAUUUAUUUUCUUUUUCAGAUAUGCAUGCUUCAACAGACAAAAUCAGCCUAAAGCAUGCAAAAGAUGAAGUGCCACCAAGUCCACUACCAGAGCCAGAAAUAGCAAGUUGUAGAUCAAUUUAUGAAAGUGAACACCUGAAGACCUGUGUCCAAGAUGAGAUUGAUUUACAAGAGGAAGCUGUGGUAAGUACAGAAAAGGAGAAAAAGUAUGGUGAGGAAUUUGACAGGCAUCCUGAAGUAUUGACAAAAUGUGUUGCAAUGGUUGAUGGAAAUCAAGAACUGAAUAGUUGGACUGAAAUAGCAGCAGAGACACAGUAUGAACAGUCAGAUGACCAACCAGCAAGAGAAAUAAAAAUGUCUUCCCAAAAAGUUAAUGAAAACAGAGAAGGGAAGCCUCAAACACAAGCUGAUCAGGCAUGCUUUGAGACCAUAGAAGGAAGACAGGUUACGGAUAGCGGCUUCAAGGAUAUCAUUUUACAAAAAGAAGAAAAUGAGGUUGACCAACAAGGUCUUGUGCAAGAGGUGGUUGAAAAAAUAGAAAAAGAAGAUGCAUCAGAAGAUAGGAAGCCUGAAGAAAUUGGACGAACAAUUAUCCAGGAAACAAAAGCUACAAGAAAAGAUUUGGAAAUUGUUGAUAAUGUGUCUGAACAAGCACAGUCAAUAGAUUUAGGCAAAACAUCAGGUGAAGAAAACAUGAAGAUGGGAGCACAUUUCAUGGAAGGGAAGCAAUGUGCAGUUGAUGACUCUUCCGACAAUAAACCUACUCUUUGCACAGGACUUUUGUGUGCAGAUAAAAGUGCUGAAGAAAGAGAAGAGGAAGAACAUAAACAUGAGGAAUCAGGUUUUGAAGCUCCUGCUGGAGAAGUCUCACUUAAAAUGAAAUCCAUGGCAGAUGUCAAAGAUUAUUCUCUACAAUAUAAGACUGACAUUGUUCAAACGGAUUCAGUGCAUCCAGAGAAAAGUGCAGGAUCAGAUGAGGAACAAAGUAAACAAGAGUCAGGUUCUGCUUCACCAGUUUUAGAGGAACCCUCAGGGGCCACGGACCACAAGCCAGCCCAUAAGAAACAUAACAUUUUGUCAAGUGUUGGAUCAAAGGUGAAGCACUCCAUCGGGAAGGUGAAAAAGGCAAUCACUGGUAAGUCCUCACACCACAAGCCACAUUCACCAAAAGCGUGAUCAAAAAAUGGAUGAAAAGACAAAAUGGGUCAGAGGUACUUGACUUGUGUUCUCUUUUAAAGACACUAGUUAUUGAAAUUAGUUUGACAUUUCAUAAAGACUUGGAAAACCAUUUAUUU